AUCCCUCUCUGACAAAUAAAAUAAUCUCAACAGCUCCGAAGAAGUCAAGCAUCGCUUCAAUAUAUAAAAACAUGUCAUCUACUGAUCUCUGCAUUAGCUGCUUUGGCCUCUUCCCAUCGACAACACCCUCUCAUCCUUCUCCUCCUCAGAUUUCAUCAUCAUUGAAAUUUCAAUCACUGAACUCAUCUGCACCGUCCAAUCCGCACAAACGCUUAAGAAAACCUCGCCAAUCCCUCCGAUUUCUAGGAUUUCCAGAUGAAAUUUCGUCGCUGUUUGCUGUCUUUCAAUCGAUUUCCAGGGUUUUUGAGCUCUCUAGAAUGAGACCUUGUUUUUUUCUCUCUCGGUUUUGGAUGAAAUUACGUGGAUUCUCGAUCUCUGAAGUUGUUUGAGUAAAAAUUUCUGUGUACUUGGGUUAGAUUUCUAGAGUUUUUGAGCUCUCUGGAGAGGGUUGUCACUGUUUUUCUUGGCGUCCGGUGAAAAUUACCUGGAUUCUUCUUUUUCUGGAGUUGUUUAUAUUGGAAAAUUCAGUAGUUUGAUAGGUUCCUAUGGGUUUUGAGCUCUCUGGAGCGAGCUUCUGACAUUUUCCUUGACGUCGGAUGAAAAUACCUGGAUUCCUUAUCUCUGAAGUUGCUUAUUGCAGUAAUUCAUCUGAUAUCAUUUCAGGCUUUUUGAGCUCUCCUGUGAAAGGUUUUUGUAGAACUACAUGGACCUCGGUUUCCGAAGUUGCCUAUUGCUGCAAUUCAUUUGAUUUCCUGAGCUCUAGAGCUCUCUUGGGCGAUAUUUAGUGUUUUUUUCUGUCUUGGAAGAAAACACAUUGAUUCUCGGCUGUCUGAAAGAUAUUUCUAGGCAUCCGAUGAAAGUAUGUGGAUUAAUUGCUUUCUGGAGUUGUUCAUGUUCUAGAGCACUAGACUUGUAUUUCCGCAACUUGUUUAAGUACCGUGGUUUCUGCUUGUUUUGGAGCCUUUGUGUGUGUGUGUUUUUUCUCAUCAUCGGAUGCAAAUAGGUGGGUUCUUGCUUUAGGAAGUAAUUUACACAUCUAAAACAUUGUAUACGUGAAAAUCUGCUGCAACUCGUUUGAUUUCUUGAAUUUCGAGGUCUCUGGAGUUGGAUAUUGUGCUUUUUCUUGACUGCAUGUGGAUGCUCAGAAUCUUGAGUAGUCUAUACUUAUAUUGCAUCAGCUCAGAAAUAUAUACUUGUAUCGGCUCAGAAUCUUGAGUAGUCUAUAUUUGUACUGCAUCAGUUCUGCAGAAAUAUAUUGGCACUCAUUGGGUUUCUAGGGUUUUGAGUUGCCUUGAGGAGGGGUAUCUUGAUCUUUGACGUUGUAUUGGUUUUUGGAUUCUGGAGCAAGUUAUAGCAUUCAAUCAAUUGGAACUGUUUGAGAAUUCAGUUUGCUUCUGGGGUUUCAAGCUCUCUACUAGUUUAGGGCAUUGGAUAUUGAGAGAUGUUCAUCGCUUCAUCCGCCUUCAAGGAUUCUGUGAUGUCUGGUGUGAGAGUUUGUCUCUUGGGAGCCAUUCUGGCUGUUUAUCUGUGUUGCUCUGCACUACUUGUGAAAGCGCAGAUAACUGAUCCAUCUGAAGUUGCUGCAUUAGAAGCUAUCAAGAGCAGUUUGAUAGAUCCUCUGAAGAAUCUUAAAAGUUGGAAUAAGGGAGAUCCAUGUAUGUCGAACUGGACAGGGAUUUUGUGCUACAAUAUACCACUGGAUGAUGGUUACCUUCACAUUAAAGAAUUGCAGAUGCUAACCAUGAAUCUCUCGGGAACUUUAGCUGCUGAUCUUGGUCGCCUAUCUUAUUUGCAAAUAUUGGAUUUUAUGUGGAAUGAGAUCAGUGGCAGCAUACCGAAGGAGAUAGGCAAUAUUAAAUCUUUGACACUCCUGCUCUUGAAUGGAAAUCAAUUAUCAGGUUCUUUGCCCGAUGAGCUUGGUUAUCUUCCUAACCUGGACAGAAUACAAAUAGAUCAGAACCAUAUAUCGGGACCAAUACCAAAAUCAUUUGCAAACUUGGAGAAAUUAAAGCAUUUGCACAUGAACAAUAAUUCAAUCAGUGGGGAAAUUCCACCUGAGCUUUCCAAAUUACCAAUUCUUGUUCACUUCCUUCUGGACAAUAACAACUUAUCUGGGAGCCUUCCACCAGAGUUAUCUCAGUUGCCAAACUUGCAUAUACUUCAACUUGAUAACAAUAACUUCCAUGGGAGUGAAAUUCCAGCUUCUUACAGCAACAUGUCAAAACUGUUGAAAUUGAGUCUUAGGAAUUGCAGCUUGCAAGGUGCUAUUCCCGACCUAAGCAGCAUAACAAACCUUCUUUAUUUGGAUCUUAGCUGGAACCAUCUCACUGGAUCCAUCCCAUCAAACAAACUUUCUGAUAAUAUCACUACUAUUGAGCUGGCGUACAACAAUCUUAAUGGAUCUAUUCCCACAAUCUUCUCGGACCUUCCAUUGCUGCAGAAAUUGUCCCUUGAGAACAACUCAUUGAGUGGUUUUGUUCCAUCUAUUUGGCAGAAUAUGACAUUCAGUGGCAAGGGAAGACUUUUUCUGUAUUUCCAGAAUAAUUUACUUUCAAAUAUUUCAGGCAUUCUUAAUCCUCCUGCAAACGUCACAAUCAUGCUUCAAGGAAAUCCCGUCUGCGCGAACGCAAACCAAUUCAACAUAGUCAAGUUCUGUGGAUCUCAGAAUGGAGGUGGACCGGCACCUGGAGGCUCAACAAACCUCACUAAUGGUUGCCCCAUUCAAGCAUGCCCUACGGAUAACUUUUUUGAAUAUGUCCCAGCAUUCUCUCCAGGUCCAUGCUUUUGUGCUGCGCCUCUUAGAGUUGGAUAUCGUUUGAAAAGUCCUGGAGUAUCGGAUUUUCCUCCAUACGAGCCCCUAUUUGAGGGGUUCCUAACCUCUCAUCUCAGUUUGCAUCCUUAUCAGCUAGUCAUUGAUUCAUUUGCCUGGGAAGCAGGUCCUAGGUUAAGGAUGUAUUUGAAGCUCUUUCCUGUGUAUGAUGAUCGUCCCGGUGUUUUAAGCAGUAAAUUUAAUGAGAGCGAGAUUUUGCGCAUUAAAGACAUGUUCACAGAUUGGAGCAUUCCUAAUAGCGAUCUCUUUGGACCAGCUGAACUGCUCGACUUUACCCUUUUGGGACCUUAUUCAAAUGUGAUUGUUGAGUCUUCAAAAUCAGGAAUAAGCAAGGGUGUUUUAGCUGGCAUUGUACUAGGCGCUGUUGCUGGGACACUGACUAUAUCUGCCAUUAUCUCAAUUCUUAUCAUGAGGAGACGUACUAGACACUACCGUUUGGGUUCAAAAAGACGUCUGCUAUCAAAAAUCUCAAUCAAAAUCGAUGGCAUGAAAGAUUUCACUUUUGGAGAAAUGGCAUUGGCUACAAGCAAUUUCAGCCUCUCCACUCAAGUUGGCCAAGGAGGCUACGGGAAGGUCUAUAGAGGCAUUCUAGCUGAUGGUACAGUUGUUGCCAUAAAGCGUGCACAGGAAGGUUCCUUGCAGGGUACAAAAGAGUUCUUGACAGAGAUAGAGUUGCUGUCGCGAUUGCAUCACAGAAAUCUGGUCUCUCUGUUAGGAUACUGUAAUGAAGAAGAUGAACAGAUGUUGGUUUAUGAGUUCAUGCCAAAUGGCACGCUGCGGGAUCACCUUUCUGCUAAAGCAAAACUACCUCUGAGUUUUACUACGAGGUUGCGUAUAGCAAUAUGUUCUGCCAAGGGCAUACUCUACCUCCACAUGGAAGCUGAUCCCCCUAUAUUCCACCGAGAUAUCAAAGCCACCAACAUAUUGCUGGACUCCAACUUCACUGCCAAAGUUGCUGAUUUUGGGCUCUCGCGGCUUGCAUCGCUUCCCGAAAUUGAUGGAUCUGUGCCUGGUUAUGUAUCCACUAUUGUGAAGGGCACACCAGGCUACCUUGAUCCGGAAUACGUCCUAACCCAUAAGCUGACCGACAAAAGCGAUGUCUAUAGCCUCGGAGUCGUGUUUCUCGAGCUCUUGACAGGAAUGCAGGCCAUAUCGCAUGGCAAAAACAUAGUCCGAGAGACAGGAUUGUUCAAUCAUAGCGAUUUUAGGAGCAUGGGCAUUCCAAGGAGGGACCACCCAGUAACAGCCAGACUAAUCACAGUCCAUCUGGAUGCUUGCAUGUAUGAAAUAAUAUAUUAUGCUGGACAGACUAGAUACUGAUACCAGUACCAGAUACUGGUGGGAUGUGUUUUAACUGAAUCAUAUGGUAAUCUUUUACAUGGCAUAAUACAUACACACAUGCACACAUUUAUAUAUGUAUAUAUGUGCGGUAAAAAUUGUAAACAUUAACUACUUGAUUAAAUCUAGCAUGCUGGAAAGAUCAGAAAACAAUAACUUUAGGGUGUGUUUGGUUGCACCAAAAUCAUGAUAUUUCAUAAUUAGUCUAAUUUGGUGCAAGAGUUUCAACACUAGGUCAAGGGUUCGAGUACCCAUAGGUGGUGAAAUCCCACUACGGCAUGGGUGUGGGUGCCAGUGUAAAUAAAAUAAAAU